GUUUAUAUGAUCUACAUACCCGUAUAUUUAUUAGUGAUAUGUCUCACUGACCCGUUUUUGAAAUAUUGAAACCAGUAAUUAUACAUUCCUAAUCCGCUAAAUGGAAUGCCUUGACUGAUUUUCAAAAUUUUUAUUACAUACCUAUUUUUAUCUGCACGUAACCGAAACGGGUGCACCAUUAAAUUGUCAUUGGAUUUUUAUUUCAGGAAAUAGAACAUGGACCUCCAGUAAGACAUUCAAUGGAUGUAACUGGUUGGGAUCUGCAACCCUGUACGUGUUUUAUUGCUGAUUACACAGUCUAUAUAAUUCACUUCUAAUUGUAUUCAUCAAAUAUGGCAGAUCGUAAAUGUGGAAGGAUAAUUAGAUCAUUAACAACAUAUUUCAUAAAUACAGGUAUUUGCAGAAAUUAUCUACAAAUAGCAGUCCCCAUACUGAUAUUGUGUGUUGUGAACGUAAAUGUAUCUGUGGAUACAUCUAUAUGUGUGAGUAAUGUUGAUAGAGUUUUAUCAUGUCCAAAAACUGAAGAAGAAUGGAUUGUGGCUGCUAAAAGGAAAAACUGUGCCACCAAGAUUGCUAAGUAUCCAAAGUGUGCUUUUACUGAUCCACCUAGGUAUCACUGUCUCCCAAAUGCCUGGAGAAACGCGACUUAUGAACUUUGUGGCGUUGAUACGGAAAUCAUAGGGUUGUCUUGUGCAGAAUACAAUGAAGGUGGGAAAUUGAUACAACCAAACCACGGGAAUUUAUGCAAAGAUUUUGAACCUAGCUGUCCUUUUAAGUACAAUUCUUCUACCGCAUACAGAUAUCACGGGUGCUAUAAGAUCUUACAUACUGAUCUCAGAACAGAGGAAACCCUUAGUGACCCACAAUCCGGUUAUACAACAGUUGCAAGUGUGACUACUACCAAGACUGGGGAUGAAAUGUCACUAUUUUCCAUCGUCACGCCGUUUCUGGUACUGUUGCUGAUUUUGAUGGCUAUACCACUGUACAUAACGAUAAAAUAUGUAUUUAAAAGAUGGAUCCAUAAGGAAGAUAACAGGGAAACUACAGAAGAAAUCACAGCAAUGGUUUAAAAUGUGUGUUAACAAAUGUCAGCUCAUGUAUGUAUCGUACUAUAUUAAAACUGUGUUGCAAUUAUCAAUUUGAUUGACCAGUUUACUGGUAUUAGAGGCUAAUAAACGAUUAUUAACAUAACACAAGGUUUACCCAUUGUGAUAGACUGGAGUAAAACAUAACAUCAAAAGUACACAAUUCGUACCGUAUUUCAUAUAAAAUGAACCGAACUCUACAAAAUAAGACGUAAAAUGAAGCAGAAUGCAGACAUUCAAUUACAAUACGAAUGACUAUCUUUCCAUUUAUUAAUAGCGACUUUUAAUGCUGAUUUGACGGUUGCAAACAUCCGUUUCUCCAUAAAAAUCAGCAUUAAGGUUUGCAAAUAAUAAACGAGAAAUUGAAUACUCCCUAAAUACGUAUCUUGUUAUUAUGUUUCCUAUUUUUGCUAGUAAAUUUGAUGUUCGAUUUUUACAAAACAUGUCAGAAUAGUACACUAACGGCAUGUCAGUUAUGAUGAGAUAUAACGUGUUUUAAUGUAUGAUUACACAACCCAACGACAUACGUCAUAUCCUCUUCUACACGUAAAACAUCUGAUAUUGUGAGAGGAUAAACAAGCAAAUCUUACGUCAAGCUUAUGCCUAACCAUAUUAACGUACGAAAAAUCCAAUCAAGUAUAUUCAAAGGGAAAUAUUUGAAGUUUGUAUGAAACUGACGACUUUAAAUCAACUUUGUUUCACUCGAAAAUUUUACUUCAUUUCUAAGACUAAGUGUUUUGCAAAGGAAAAAUACUACUUAUCUAUGAAGUGUGAAGUAUGAUUUAUUUUGAUUGAUAUAAUAGAUGAGAUGAAUAUAUUAAAUUGAUUAAACCCGUCAACAUCAAACAAGAUACCCAAAAUAUUUUUUUUAGAAAAAAAGCUGCUUCUGCCAACCCACCCUAUUUGUCGGCAUAUAAUGUAUUCUUGUUUGGAAAAUAUCAUGAUAGUAUGAAACAAUUGUGCAAAUUCAGCAACCGUGUAUAAUAGCAUCAUCAUGACAAUUGAACAGUUUUCCGCUUCAUUAAAUACUUGACACUUAUAGUAAUUCCACAAUCAUGUGAUGUCAUAAGAGCUUACAAAAUCAAUGAUCUAUUUUGAUUUAUCUUACAUUUUGUUGCAGUAUUUCCUGAUAUUUAUUGUAAAACAAUCGUGUUAAACAUAAAUCAUUUCAUAAGUUUAAUUCAUACAUGGAUAAUCAACUAUAUAUUUUUAAAUAUUGAAUCUAAAGGCCAUAAAUCUGUUUUUAUUGAUUGUCAUUCUUUAUUAAGUUAAUUGUACGUUAUAUUUCCUUUAGUUGUCAGAUAUUUGGUAAUCUUUUUGUAAAAAAAAAAUCCAGUUCCAUGAAAUCGUUAUCAAUAUUAUUAUAUCAUUAUGACUAAUGCUUGUGCAAUCUUAAUAAUGCUGUUUAAGAAAAAUGUAAUCUUUUAAUGUACUAUUCUUUUUAUGCAUGUCUCACAUCUUAUAAAGUGCAUUAAACUGUACAUGGUAUUUGAAAAUUCAUUGGUUUCAGCUAUAUUAAAUGGAAAUAAAUGCACGAUCUAUACUUGUAUCAGAUAAUAAUGCGAAUAUGGAGCUACCUUAAACUAAUAGCAUUGUAUGUACUACAUUUGUGCAUGAUACACAUUCAAUGUGUUGUUAGUUAGCCCUUCUAUUUCUUUUAAGUUGAUUUUGUAUCAAUUUAAAUGGUUACAAGAAUGUUAAAGCAUGUUAAUAUUUCCAAUAAAAUCAUAGUUUUACGAA